AUGAGUGUCUCUGGAAGCAGCUGUGGAAGCCCUCCUGCAGAUGUAUCUAAUGACUUUAAGGAACUUUGGACAAAACUUAAAGAGUACCAUGAUAAAGAAGUUCAAGGUUUACAAGUAAAAGUCAACAAACUGAAAAAGGAACGAAUUUUAGAUGCACAAAGACUUGAAGAAUUUUUCACCAAAAACCAACAACUGAGAGAGCAACAGAAAGUCCUUCAUGAAACCAUUAAAGUUUUGGAAGAUCGGUUAAGAGCAGGAUUAUGUGAUCGCUGUGCAGUGACUGAAGAGCAUAUGCGGAAAAAGCAACAGGAAUUUGAAAAUAUCCGGCAGCAGAAUCUUAAACUUAUCACAGAGCUUAUGAAUGAAAAGAACACUCUGCAGGAAGAAAAUAAAAAGCUUUCCAAACAACUGCAACAGAAAAUUGAAAAUGAUCAAAAUCAAGCAACUGAACUUGAUUUCGAGGAAAAUGUGAUUCCAGAUUCACCAAUCACUGCUUUUUCCUUUUCUGGAGUUAACCGACUUCGAAGAAAGGAGAACCUCCAUGUCCGAUACAUAGAACAAAUACGCAGUAAACUGGAGCACUCUGCAUGUACAGAUGAAUUGAGGAACGAUCUGAAGUCUUCGACUCGUCCACAGCAUAGUCCUAAGGAAAAUGAAAUAUUAGUGGCUGACACUUGCAAUCAAAGUCAAUCUCCCACGACUAAAACACAUGGAACAAGCAGUAGCUCCCCUGAUAAGUCACCUUUUAAUUUAGCUACAGUUGUUGCUGAAACACUUGGACUUCAAGUUCAGGAAGAAUCUGAAUCUCAAGGUCCCAUGAGCCCUCUUGGUGAUGAGCUCUACCACUCUCUAGAAGGAGAUGAGAAAAUACAGCUUUUUGAGGCAUCUAAAAGAAAUAGCAGCAAUGCUGUAAGAUUUUCAGAUGCUGUUUCAAAGACUCCUCCCCAAGAAGAAUUGACCAUUCGGGCAUCAUCGCCUGUAUUUGGAGCCACUCCUAAUGUGAAAAAUAGCUUAGGUGUGAAUACAAGUUUAUCCUCUUCUUUACUGGAGGUAGGGAAAAGAAAACAGCUUAAAAUAGCCCCUUUUGGCAACACUUCUAAUUCUAGACCAGAAAAAACAAGACCAAAGUCUGAAGAUAGUGGCCUUUUCACACAUCAGAAUCUUGGGUCUAAAAUGAACAUAAUCAUUGGCCAGUCAAGUUCUAAUAAACAGAUGCUUGUAAAUAAAAGUGUAAGUGAAUCCAUGGAUGCACAGGAUAGUAAUGAUCACAUUAAAGAUGCUGUGACUGAUAAACAUUUAAUGCCAUUGAAACCACUGGGAAGCAGAACACCCAAAAGGAAGAAAACGGAGGAAGAAAGUGAACAUGAAGUAAGCUGCCCCAAAGCUGCUUUUGAUAAAGAAAAUGCUUUUCCUUUUCCUAAGGAUAAUGUUUCAGCUGUCAGUGGGGACUAUGUGAUGGAUAAACCUCUGGAUCUGUCUGACCGGUUUUCAGCUACUCAACGUCAAGAGAAAAGCCAAGGAAAUGAGAUCUCUAAAAACAAGUUGAGGCAAAUGACUUUUCAUGAAACUUUGAAACCCAUUCCAAAGAGUUCUUCCUGGAAUCGUAAGGCUGUGAAUGGGAGCUGUGUGCUAGCCAGAGAGUCCUUAGAGGACCCCUGUUUACAGGACAGCGUCCUCCGGGCCUUCGGUAAAUCAUCUCCAGAUAGUAAAACACCACUUCAAAUAAAAGAAGAAAACCCUGUCUUCAAAAUCCCUCCACGGCCACGUGAAAGUUUGGAAUCAGAGAAACUUCUUGAUGACAUUAAGGUUGCUACCACGUCUCAUGAGCCAAUAAAAGUGAAAACCAGGUCAACCCAAGGAUCCUGUGAACUGACAUCAGUGCUUCAGUUAAAUCCAUGUAGAAUUGCGAAAACAAAGUCCCUACAAAGCAGUCAAGAUGUAUCCUUUGAAAAUAUCCAGUGGAGUGUGGAUCCAGAAGCAGACCUUUCUCAAUAUAAAAUGGGUAUUACAGUAAUAGAUGCCAAAGAUGGCAGUCAGUCAAAAUUAGGAGGUGAAGAGACUGUGGACAUGGACUGUACAUUGGUCAGUGAAACUAUGCUUUUAAAGAAGAAGCAAGAGCAGAAAGGUGAAAAAAGCCCAGGUGAAGAAAGAAAACUGAAUGAUAGUUUGGAAGAUAUGUUUGAUCAGACAACACACGAAGAAUACGAAUCCUGUUUGGCAGAUAAUUUUCCCCUAGGAACAGAUGAAGAUGAGGAUUCGUCAGCUGUCACAAAACAACCAAACGGUAAUGAUGACAAGCAUGAUAAAAUCAAACAGAAAGCACUUGUGGGACCAUAUUUUAAGGAUGGUGAAAGGGAGACUAGCUUACAAAAUUUUCCUCAUAUUGAGGUGGUUCGGAAAAAGGAAGAGAGAAAAAAACUGCUUGGACAUACUUGUAAGGAAUGUGAAAUUUAUUAUGCAGAUAUCCCAGCAGAAGAAAGAGAAAAGAAGUUGGCUUCCUGUUCAAGACACCGGUUCCGCUACAUUCCACCCAACACACCAGAGAAUUUCUGGGAAGUUGGUUUUCCUUCUACUCAGACUUGUGUGGACAGAGGUUACAUUAAGGAAGAUCUUGAUCCUUGUCCCCGUCCAAAGAGACGGCAGCCUUACAAUGCAAUGUUUUCUCCAAAAGGCAAGGAACAGAAAACAUAG